AUUACGUCCGAAUUAAUGCAAUAAAUAAGUUAUCUCGUCCUCAACUGCAACGUUGAAGUGGGUCAUUAAACAAUUAUUAUUCAACCCGAGAGAAAGUGUUUAAAUCGGACAAUGAUAUGGCUGGAACUGGUAAACAUCGCCAAUAAAGUUCAAAAUGCCACUUUCAUCUGGUGGAAAUAGUUUGGACAUUUUUUACCAUUGGUCAUCAGCAACGGUGCUGUUGAUUUGUACCCCCCAAAAAACUCAUCGGAAAACUGAAGAGAGGAGAGAUACGGGUCUCUGGUAUAUGUAAACCGAGUUUGAGCUUACUCAAUUCUGUUACAUUCUAAUCAUUUUUGCAGACAAGUUAGCUCGUGGAACUGUUGGUGUUAAGAAUGUACGGCAAAUUAUUGUUUGUUGUUGCCUUCUGUGUUGUUGUGGUUCUUGGUGAAGCGAAAAACAGAAAAUGCAACAUUCCACCAACAGCACCCAAAAAGAUAGAAAAAGUCAUUAAUCAAUGUCAGGAUGAGAUCAAAGUUGCCAUCCUUGCAGAGGCCCUACAAGCGGCUAGCAUAAUUGAUUCCCCUAAAAAGAGGUCCAAAAGGGAAACUUUCACUGAAGAAGAGAAGCGCAUUGCUGGGUGUCUGCUCCACUGCGUCUACAGAAAAAUGAAAGCUGUGAACGACAAAGGUUUCCCAACAGUUGAAGGCCUGGUUUCGUUAUAUACCGAAGGAAUCGAAGACAAAGAAUACAUUUUAGCAACUCUUCAGUCCGUGAACGUCUGUCUCGCAAAGGCGCAGAAGGAGUUUAUUACAACACCACAGUCAUUAGAAGAGCAAGGAAAAACAUGUGAAAUCGCCUACGAUGUCUUCGACUGUGUGUCCGAAAAAAUCGGGGAGUUCUGUGGACAAACUCCUUGAAAUGAAUAAGAGCGCUAGCUAUUACCAGCCAAAUCUUACCAUUUCUUGUAAUUUAUACAUUAUCAAAUCAUUUUAUCAUUAUCAUUGCUAGUCAUUUCACAUCAUAUAACUAUGUAUUUCUUUUUUACUCUUUCGAAACUGAUGGAAUUCUGUUAUAUUUGUUGAUCUGUUUAUAGUUUUGAAAAUAUUGUUCUAGAAAAUAAAAUAGUUUCGAGUA